AUGGUUCUCCCCGUCGCUUUCCAUGCAAGAGAGCUCGCCGAGGGCGGAGGGGGGGCACGCGGCCAGGCCUUAAGCGAUUGGGUCAUCGCCCAGCUCGAGGGCGACUACGAUAUCAUCUUCCGACGUCGAUGUCUACUGUCGGACGACCAAAGCGGUUCUUCAGCCCACUUUGUCUCGCCUUUGGUCCGGCAUGCCUUGGAACAGCUGUCGCUGGAGCCACAGCGGGGGGGUAGGGUCGACCACUCGCUUGAAAAGUGGCUCCGCGAGUCACUAUGGGUGGAUUCGUUAGUUUUAAAGCCGGCGACGUCGUCACAUGGCAAUGCAGCGCCAAAACCCAAUGGUGUCCGAUCUCGGUUCGGUGUCCAUCAUGAGGCGGGGGGGCAUCGCCAUGCUCUAGUCAUAGAUCAGACAGAUUCUUCGUCUUCGUCUUCUUACAAUAAAAAGAAGACCAACACCGUACGGUGGAAGGAUAGCUUCGAGUACAUGGAAUACAAGCCAAAGGGCUUACCUAACAGCCGAUACCACUGGACAGAUCAGGUGCCAUCAUACAGCUACCUUGAAGAUGAUUUUUACGACCCUUUAGGAACACAAGAUCGUAAUUAUCUAGCAGUUGGACAUUCUCCAAUCCUAAAGCGCGAGCCGGAGGGAGUGAAGGCUACAGACACCAGUGUUGACACGUGCAAUCCAUUGUCGAUGCACAAGAACCAAAACAAGGGGAUCUCAAAGGCGGUGGACAACUUCCGAAGCGUCUUUACUGAGGAGCUACGUACCAACCGGAGCUCUAAACUGCGGAAACUAGCUUUCUCACCGUUAGAGCAGCAAGAGUGGUACAUUGACGAGAAAUUAAUUCGUUCGGAAGCUGCCAAAGUAGAGUUCAUGAACGAGUUGACCCGGUGGAACUUCAAAGAUUUAGACUAA